CGUCUUCGCCUUGGUUGUUGUGCAGAGAAGUCAGAGUGUGGAGUGUGUGGGUCACACAGUGUCGGUAUUUACUAUCGUUCUAAACGACAGCCGUUACAGCCGAAUAUUGUGGAAAUAAUUGCAUUUUUCGAGCAGAAAAAAAAUCUCUGCAACGGCGGAUUUUGCGGUGCAGCCAUGGGUUUUACUGCGACGACGUGGAGGAGAGAGUGGGGUUUAAAUUUCGCCUUUCGUCCGGUCUGUUGACUGGAAGUAAACGGUGCAGCAAAGCCGAACCCAGUAGUGCAUUUUUCUACACGUUCGACUGAGAUUUAAGGUUUUCUUUUGUUUUUACCUAAAAAAUAGCAGGUAUAGCGUAUAUAGGUUAAAUACUUUUUUUUAACUAAGUUGAAUUUUGAGUUUUUCCUCCAUUGGAAGCUGGAAAAGUGAGAGCGGCUCACGGAGUCGGGACUGACCGCUGGAGUUGGUCCUGAAAAUGGAGGCUGUGAUCGAGAAGGAAUGCAGUGCACUCGGAGGACUCUUUCAAACGGUUAUCGCAGACAUGAAAAGCAGCUACCCUAUUUGGGAAGAUUUUAUCACCAAGGCUGGCAAACUGCAGUCGCAGCUAAGAGCGACGGCAGUUGCUGUGGCCGCCUUCCUGGACGCGUUUCAGAAAGUGGCUGACCUGGCCACCAACUCACGAGGUGGAACCAGAGACAUUGGAUCGGCGCUGACAAGGAUGUGUAUGAGACAUCGCAGCAUUGAGGCGAAAGUCAAGCAGUUCUCCAUGGGUUUCCUGGAGUGUCUGAUCAACCCUCUGCAAGAACAGAUGGAGGAGUGGAAAAGAGGAGUCAAUACUCUGGACAAGGACCAUGCCAAAGAGUAUAAAAGAGCUCGACAGGAAAUCAAAAAGAAGUCGUCAGAUACACUGAAACUUCAGAAGAAAGCAAAGAAAGCUGAUAAUCUAGGUCGAGGUGAUAUACAGCCCCAGUUGGACAGCGCCAUGCAGGAUGUCAGUGAUAAAUACAUUCUGCUGGAGGAGACGGAGAAACAGGCCCUGAGGAAAGCUCUCAUAGAGGAGAGGCAGAGAUUCUGCUGUUUUGUAGCCAUGCUGCGGCCCGUGGUGGACGAGGAGAUUUCUAUGUUGGGCGAGGUCACUCAUCUCCAGGCCAUCUCUGAUGACCUGAAAGCCCUGACCUCUGACCCCCACAAGCUUCCUCCUGCUAGUGAACAGGUGAUCCUGGACCUGAAGGGCUCCGACUACGGAUGGUCGUAUCAAACGCCUCCUUCAUCUCCCAGCACCACUAUGUCCAGAAAGUCAAGCAUGUGCAGUAGUCUGAACAGCGUUAACAGUAGUGACUCCAGGGGAUCCAGUGGCUCCCACUCUCAUUCUCCUUCCUCCUCUUCUUCCUCCUCUUCCUCAAACCACCUUUUCCACCACCAUCACCCCCGUCACCGGUACCGUAGCUCCACGCUGCCACAACAGACCCCGGCUCGGCUCUCCAGCAUAUCCUCCCACGACUCAGGGUUCAUUUCUUCAUCGCAAGACCAGUACAUGACGUCCAAGUCGUCCUCACCCAUGCCAGCUGAAACAAAGCCUUGUCCUGGUUCCAGCUCCUCUGAGGUGUCAGAGCCUGUGGACUUUCACAUUGACUGCAGCUCCCCCUCUCCUCUCGCUGCUGCCACUGCACCACAGCACACUGACAAGUUGACCAAUGGUUAUGACCACUACAGUCCAGUCAACUCCCCCACAUUGCAUAGCAACGGUCUGGGUUCAGUGUCAUCCACUGCCUUCCCGUUCUUCCCUCCAUCCUCCUCAUGCUCCACCUCCACCUCCACCUCCUGCCCCACUCGUUCAUGGUCACGCCCAGCCUCAGCGGUGCUUCCAGACUACCCUAGCUACUGCACGCUGGGCUCGCCCAUGAUGCCUUCAUCCCGUGUCCCGAGCUGGAAGGACUGGGCCAAGCCAGGGCCCUAUGACCAGCCCAUGGUCAACACACUGAGGAGGAAAAAGGACAAAGAGACUCCUACAGUUGUCGACACUAAUGGUCAUUUGAACGGCGACAACAACAUUGCUCCUUUAGGAUCAGCCUCCAUCUCUAAUUCAACACCAGCUCGGGCGGCACUUCAGACACCGAGCUCUCUAACCUCAGUGGAAGACAGGAGCAGGGCCAUGGCUGCACCUCUGCAGGCUGGUGAUAUUGAGGCACAUGAGGAACUGGCUCUGGCCUUGUCCAGAGGUCUGGAGCUGGACACCCAGAGGUCCAGCAGAGACUCCAUCCAGUGUUCCAGUGGCUACAGCACUCAGACCAACACCCCCUGCUGCUCUGAAGACACUAUACCGUCACAAGUGUCAGAUUAUGACUAUUUCUCCAUGGCUGGAGACCAGGAGCCUGAACCGCAGCAGCCCGACUUUGACAAGUCCUCAACCAUCCCCAGGAACAGUGACAUCAGUCAGUCAUACAGACGCAUGUUUCAGACUAAACGUCCAGCCUCAACAGCGGGUCUGCCCAGCCCUCAGACUCCCUACCCUGGACAGGGGCCCUACCCUACAGCGUCCUAUCCUCAGACUCCAGUCCACACAGGAGCUUAUCCGUCCACUCCUACUGGGCCGUAUCCCACCACCCCAACAGGCUGUUCAAGUCAAGGAUACUUCUCCGGGUCAACCUCCCAUAAUGCCUACGGCUCAUAUUCUACAGGCCACGGCCCAGUCAUCGUCACCCCCGGAGUUGCCACAAUCCGUCGCACCCCCUCUUCGAAACCUACUGCUCGGCGUUCAGCCUCGGUCGGGGGCACUGGCCCCAUCCCCAUUCGUACUCCUAUGGUCCCGGUCAAAAUCCCAACAGUACCAGACACCGCAGGUGCAUUCAACGGGAGCAGAAACUCAGAGGUGUUAGUAGGUGCGGGAGGAAAAAGUCCAGACUCUCCCACAUAUGCUGGAGGGGAGGAUGUCGACAUGUUACCCAUGAUGUCCUGGAGUGGCCAGGCUACCACUAACCCCCCCACCGUCCUGCCUAUCUACCAGAGUGAGAGUGGGCCUCAGCAGGGAGGAGGAGGAGACGAAGAGGAGACAGGAGACUUCGGAGGAGGAAACAUGCUGGUGGCCAUCCGCAAAGGUGUCAAACUCAAGAGGACCCUCACCAACGAUCGGUCUGCUCCACGUAUCGCAUGAUGACAUCGUCACUUCGUUUAGGCCCGUGCUCCUGCAUCACAGAUGUUAGGCCUCACCCUUAUUAUUUUGACUGACAUUUUGUACAUUUCCAUCUGUGAGAAUCACUCACUGAAGAAGCCUCUAGAUCAAAGUGGGGUUCAUGUGAUCCUCAAGGUUUCAACAGUGGCCAGAGACGUGUCAGAAAAUAUGAAAUACAUCAAUUUGACCCAAAUACAGAAUACGACUGAGAAGAAGCACAAGUGAGAGGAAAAGGGAACUGCUUUUAGGAAUAAAACACUCUUAAAGCUCGAGCAAUAAAAUGGAACCUGAGGUCAUCUCUGUGUUUGACUGAAGACACUGUAUAUGUUCUUAGGAAGAAGCACAGAGCAGCAAUACUUCACAAUAUGCCUUCAAGAACCCAGUAAAGAUGUGCAUUACACACAUGGAUGUGUGUAUCAGGGCUAGGGCAAGGGCUUUGUGUAUACUUCCUCUCAGAGUUUGGUGUGUACAGCAUGAGUAAAUGCUAAAUGUUGUGGGAGUGAACGUCACCUUUGAAGGACAAGAGGAACACUCAGGUGCAGAGAGAAGUAAUCAUUUUAUUUUUCCUGCCCUGUCCUUCACCGGCUGCAGACAUGGAGACAUAAAGAGGGGAAACUUGUAAGGAGAGCGUUGAGGUCGCACACAGACGUCGACCCAGAUGAUAGACUUCCAAGACCACCGUGCGACUGACGCCUCACGCGGUUGAUUUAGUACUUUCUGUUUUCUUUUGAGUUUUUUAUGUAUUGUAAAUAUUCUGCACGUCAUAUGAGGCCGCUUCUCGUACACAUCAAUCACUUCUUUAUCUUCUCCUAUUAGUGCCAAAAUCCUUCAGUUUCACGGCCUUCAGUCGAGGAUUGUUGAUUCUCUUUUUUGUAAUAUUUUUGAUUUGUUCUGUAUUUUCUUCUUCAACAUCGUUCUGUCCAUGCGACUUCUGAGUGGCUUCUGCAGUUUAAUAGUUUUCAUGUAAAAUAUUCUAAAAAAAACCCUCAUUGUUUUGUAGCAUCUCUUUAGCCACACUGCAGCCUUUGCAUUGAUCGUCCACAACUCUUAUAGUAGUCAAACCUAAGCUGUGCUCUCAUGACUGUACAAUAGUUAUAGUAUUAAUAUGUUUAAGAGAAGAUAACAAGGCAAAAUAUUUUUCAUGUUUUGAAAGUUAGGAAUUAAAAGACGUCUACGUUUGUCUUCAGUUACAGUGCUGUUGUUGAACUCCUACAUGUAGCAUGCAACCUGAUGGUAAGGUUUUCUCACAUCACUUGUUUUUUGUUUGUUUAAUAUGUAAAAGCUUCACAUGUGACAAGUCCAGCUUCGACAGAUGUUUUUGAGAAUAUCUUUAAAACAAAAAUCUUUUUUUUUUUAACCUGGACAAUAGAACAUUCUAAGAAAGAUUAAGACUUAAGGCUAAAGGAUGUCAGUGUCACUGACCUGUAGUCAGUGUUUGUUUGUUUUUUUCCCUCUUCAGCUGAAGCACUGUGAGAUUGUGGACACUACAGCAUGUAUGAAAGUGUAAAUACUGUUUAGAUGCACAGCUUAGUCCAGGAACCCACACUUUGUUUUAAUUUAUUCUCUGUCCUAGUUCUUUAACUUUUUCUUUGUUCCUGCCUCACCCUGUCUUUCUUUAUAUAUAAGGUUCUGUCCUUCUACAUUUCAUGGAAGUCCAAUGUUUCAUACCAACACAACUGAACGUAGAUGAUUUAAAGCCAACUGUUGUAAAAGUGAACAGUUGUCAGAGAAAAGUGUUUUGUUUUGGACCUGCAGAACCAGAAGGAAAGCUGAAAUGAAAGUGUUUGAGUUCUGCAGUGGAGAGGUUUGAAUCAGUAUUAUGAGUGGAGGCUUGAGGACGACGUAGGCGAGAAUCCACUUCACCGUCAGCUCAGUCCAGGUCGUUAGUGGUUACAUGCUGUAAAUCUUCACUUGGUGGUUCUACACUUUUUAUGUAAUGACUGGGCUGAACGUGGACUGAGUGUAACCUUACUGCAAACUGUGAACCACACUGAGGUUGGUUUAAGUUUAGACGGUUGUACUCCACGUACGUAGAGCAGAUUCCAUGUUUAUCCGAUCUGCUUGGAAUAUGAACAAAUGGGCCGGUCAGGUGGACGAUUCCCCAAACACGUUGAGAGUUUUGAAACCUAUUUUUUAAAUUUGAGAUUUAGUGUAACUAGGUCAGUAAACAAGGGAAAUUAAAUACAAAAGCAGACCAUAAAUUCCUUUGGUCAUUAAAAUAUUUUUUUAAAAACCUUAAAUGAUGAAAUGUGGUGUCUCAGAUGUUUCGGGAAACCCAGGUUUUGGCUCUUGUUUCAUUGAUGACAUUAUUAAUUAUUGUCUUUGUUUGUCCCAUCUAUUCUUCGACCGUCCAUCUGUCUGAAUUUUGUAUUGUCAAGCUGUAAUUUUCAUAUUUAAAAAUGCUAGCACAAAUAUAUAUAUAUUAUAUCAGAGCUGCCAAAUGUCACUAUAUUCUAUGAUAUAGGAAGUUUAUAGUUUGUGAGGGUUUGAGAUCACAGUGAAACCUGGUUUCUAGUUUAGUUUUUAUCUAACCCCUUCCUCCCCCCUCCUCGACACCUGCUCCCCACCCUGAGGAGAGUUGCUCUCUCUGUCUUUUCCCGUACAGUAAACGGGCUGCUUUCAUGUUUAUUUCAACAAGUUAUAAAAUAGUAAAAGGUAAACGUUUGCCUUAGUGGCCUCCCUAAAGUGUGACUGUACAACCUUCAUGUGUCUGCUUCCUUAAUAAACUAAAGGUAAAGUA